UUAGGCUAUCCAAUUGCUGACAAUGUGGCUACUGACACCGAUACUGGUCUGCGUGAUGAGAAAACAUUUCCAAACGGAACUGUAAUGGGGAAAUACUCCUAUACGGACAAAGAGGGCAAUCCGAUCCAUGUCAAGUAUUACGCUGAUGAUCAGGGUUAUGGAGUUGAACUCAAAAGUGUCAAGUUCAUAAAGAAUGAUUUGAAGACUUCUUCACAGAAUAAGCUAGAAAACCCUGAACAACUCCCGAAAUUUGAGCCCACUGCAGAGAUGUACAAGUAUCCCAAAUACUUAAAGAAAAGCGUAUCUCGUCAUCAAAUUGACUCUUUGAAUAAGGAGUCUCCGAAAAAUCACUUGAAAAACAAGUACAAGGGCAUUGAUUACGAGAUAUAUUUGCAGACCGUUAUGCCUUCCCAGAAUUGUGGUCACGAUGAAAAGGUGAAAAUUUACAAUUUAGAAAAGGAUGUUGAUAAGAAAAUUCGAAAUGUUUUGAACGCAAUUGAGGUCGAAAAAGAACCAGAGGACGAUACCGGUAUAGAGACACCAAAAUUUUGUGAGCUAUAUUAAUAAAUAUUAUUUGUUAUUUUUAAGUACUGCUUUCAAAAUUAUUCGAAAUUAAGUUGUAUUUAG